GGCAUUCCUGUCAAAACACGCGUUUCGUGAAAAGAUGCAUUUAUUAAAAAUAAGAUAAAAUCUUCAUAAUUUAAUCAUUAAAGUGGCUAAAUUAUGUCCGGAGGAUUAAUAGAUAAAGUUUACAUAGGCUUGGACAACGCGCCAGCCGCAUUUGAUAUAAAAAGUCGUUUGCUUGGUCCAAAUGGCACCAACUUAGAAUACAUACGAUCGGAGACGGGAGUGGUUGCUAUUCUGAAAAGCGAUAAAUUUGAACCUUUGCAUUUGGCUCUUCACCAUACGAGAUCGGAAGCGUUAGCGGCUGCGCGAUCUCUGGCUCAGAAUCUUAUUGAGACUAUACGAGUUGAGUUAGCUCAGUGGAGUGCAGCGCAGGCGGGGGGUCCGCCGCCACCUCUAAACGUUCCACCACCUACUUUGACCACUACCACAGCUCCACCGUCUGUUCCACCACCAGUAGUAACCGUGGCUUUAUCAACACCUUCCUCGUUGACUUCAUCAGCCCAUCCCACUGUACUACCACCAGUCGUCAGUAUGGCACCAGCAAGCACUCCCCUUAUGACAGUCCGUCAACCAACUGUCUUACAAUUACUACCUCAACAGCAAUAUGUAUUAAAUCAAGAAAGUGGCCAAUUAAUACCAAUAGUUCAACCGGGUGUCCAAGUAUCUAACACCAACUUCACAUCUCUACCUAUCGCACAACAAUUAGGUACACUCCAACAGCCGAAUUUUGGGCACACACAAAUUGUUGACAUCUCAAAUAUGCAACCAAUGAAUGUCACACAACUACGGCUUAGUGGUGUCCCAUCAUCAAUGUCAAUGAUACUUCCGAAUGGCUUAAAUUUCCCUCAAGCCAGUUUAGCUACGGGUGAUUCGACAACAGUGAGCUCAGCAACAGCAACACCGGUGGUCUGCGCAGCACAGAAUACAAGUGCUUCACAGAAAAUUCUCUAUAGCACCGAUAAAGGAGACAAAGAGUUGAAGUACCAUAUACAAGGUGCUGAUACUGUGCAGUGGACCGUACCAGGCUCUCAGACUAUGUUGAUACCAUAUCAACAAUUUCAAGAGUUUGCAUCUAAUCAAGCAGGAUUAGCGAAUUUACAACCUCAACAGUUUGUUUCAAUAGCACCUGCAGGUGGAUUUCAACAGACUUCCCUACCAUUGUCGGCAACACAACUACAACAGCUGCAGACAACUGGCACUAUAAUGCAAUUUAACCAAAAGCCAAUAGGGUGCAGUGCUUCACUCAUAAAUAUAAUAUCAAGUGGACAAGCAUCUUCUCCACAAAUUAUUUCUAAUUCCACACAAACGAAGAGUACUCAAGAAUCCCGAGGUCAAAAAAGAUUAUCAGAUGGUACUCCUAGUCAACUGCAAUUGAGACCUAUAGCACCAGCUGGGUCGCAUGUAAGCCAGGACAAGAGCUCGACGAGAGAUUCCCGCUCCUGGACGAACACUGCAGUUAGAGACAACACAGUCGUUAGUAUGGGAAUGAAAAUAAAUCCGACUCACGGAACAAUUAUACAUGUGUCAUCUGGACAACAAACUAACGUCUCAACAUCGGGCAUCACACAGGACGGUACAGGAAUGUACAUAAAGCAAAUAGAUCGCAACGCAAUACAGAUACAAACUUCAAAAGACGGACAGAAGCAGGACUUGACAAAUAAAAUACAAAGCGCAGCUCAGAAUGUGCAAAUGAUAACAGUACCUCAAGGCAUGACUGUACUACAGAACCCACUCAAUAUCGGCCAAAUGUCGACAGUCAUCGGCCAACCUAACAGUCAAGUGUACAUGAUACCAGCGAAUCAUCCCAAUCUGGUCCAAGGAGGGUUACCGCCCGGUCUCAUCGGACAGCAAAUGUUACAGCCUGGACAGAAUGUGACAGUGAUGCCCAACCAGCUUGGCCUUCCCCCCGGCAUGCAGUACAACGUACCCCUCAUGCCAGUUAACAUGCCACCGAACUCUCAAUACAUGCCGGCUGGCAUCAACUUAAACUCGCAACUCACAGCGCAACAGCUGAACGCCGCACUCGCCGGACAACAGAUCGCUAAUCCCGGCCUCUCUAUGGCAGGAACUAUACCAAUAGUACAAGCACCCCCCACCUCCCCACUCGCCAACCCCGCUCAAACCAUACCGGUGUCUCAACCGCAGCCGGUCCAUCAAGUUCUACCCCAAAACUCCACCUUUAUCACACCAACAUCACAGUAUACGGGAAUACCCCCACAAUACAUGGUCCAAUCAAACACUAGCACAGUCAGCGUCCCACCGAACAACGCCAGCCUACAAUAUUCCAUAUCUACAAACCAAUCUACCCCUGACACGCCGACGAACGGCAAUGGACAAACCGCGGCAGCAGACAGUGACAACUCCAAUGGAGCUUCAAACCAAGCCGGUUAUAUAUCUUCGUCGUCACAAGACGGUUACGGACUUUCAACGACAGUGGUCCAGAAUAAUGGACAAAACUUUUCAACCGACACCACCGCUACUCAGACCAACUUCACCAACAACCAGACUACUAAUGGACAGACUUACAGCUCGUCUAAUGGCAACAGUACUCAAGCUCCAAGCUACGUCACUCCCCCAACAACCCAACCUCCAGCAACGUACCCCGGGAAUGGUUCCACACCGAACCAAAACUACGGAAGUGCAACUCAAACCCCCCAAUCUAGUUUCUCCCCAUCAAGCACACCUGCACCAAACCAAGCGUACCCAAAUACCAAUCUGCCAAACUUAUCUAAUGUACCAUUCGCGCCGAACCAAGCCUCAAAUCCUUAUCCCAAUGCGACUGGACAGAAUUUAGCUGCAUAUGCCCACAAUCCUUACCAAUACAACAGCAGACCCUGGUUCAGACCGAGGUUUGGCUCCCCGCAGGUAACCAGUGACCUGAUAGUUCUCGGUCUGAAUGUAGAUAGUGGUGUGAACACGGACAAUGCUAUACAGUAUUUUGAAGUGUAA